GGAAGGAUGGGGCUGUGGGGUCUGAAUCCUUCCAAUCAGAUCCAUCCAGGCGUCAACAUACACAAGAAUGGUAGAACUCGGACCCAGCAGACAGCUUUCGCGAGGUCAUCCACAGUUUUCAGGAUCUCUUGUCCUAUCUCCCAAAAAUGACCACCGCCGCCCCUUCCUCCCCACCCCUUUGGAUCGGCCCUCUCCAGCCCACGAUACUCCACCAUAGUCCCCUGCUCUACCUGACCCCCAUCCCAACCAUCCUGCUCUUCACCCUCAGCAUCGCUUCCGUGGCUCUAUCCUCGCACGCCGAAGCUAUUAUCCGAGCGAACACACGGUUAGGCCUUGAUAUAUUCAUGACGCCAAAAGGUGUUAAGGCAGAUAGCCCACAGCACUAUGGCCUCACCCAGGACAGUGCUAUUGGGGACUUGAUGCUUUUUACAUUUAGUAAUUCGAUUUUAGUGACGGUGUUUUGUACGGCGGGUUGGUGGUUGAUAUGGAGGAGGAUACCGGGGAAUGUUCAUGUGAAAAUGCCAAUGCAUUGGACAGCCUUCUACACCGGCCUCAUCGGCCCGACCAUGGUUUCUAGCCUUGUAGUAAUGAUAUACGGAUUCUGCAAUGAUGGAGUGGGCCGAGCGGUAGCGUGUUCUUACUCACAAAAGGGCGGUGGCAAUUUCGAAUGUACGACCGAGAGUGCGGCUUGUCGUAUGCUUCCUGUGGCGAUGAAGGGGUCGGAAGUGUGGGCGGGGAGAGCUUGCGUGGAAGCGGUAUGCACAGAUUUCCGGUAGAAUGGCGUGGAUGGCGAUGAGAUAUGUAAUAGGUGAAUGAAGGAUCUGACUGACAAUGAAAAAUGGACAGAAAGCUGCACGAUGGAUUUCAAUCCCUAUCUUUGUUUGUGCUUUGGCGCUUUUGGUCAUGUUUGCGUGGCAAGAUUGGAGGUGGAGACAGCCACCACCAGCGGACCAAAUUACAGUAGGAACCACA